GGGGGCUCCUGUGCUGGCUGGCUGAGUGGCCUGCGUGCGCGGAGCGGAGCGGAACGGAACGGGCGGCCUCGGAGGCGGGCCGGGCGGAGGGCGGCGGCGGCCCCUCAGUCUCCAUUCGCAGCCCCGCGACGGGACGCGCUCCGCGAGCCAGGAAGGAGGAACCAUGGCUCUGGACGGUAUACGGAUGUCAGAUGGCUGCUAUGCAGAUGGAACGUGGGAGUUAAAUGUCCAUGUCACAGACCUGAACAGAGAUGUAACUCUGAGAGUCACAGGGGAGGUCCACAUUGGUGGUGUCAUGCUGAAAUUGGUGGAAAAACUUGAUGUCAAGAGGGAUUGGUCUGACCAUGCCUUGUGGUGGGAAAAGAAGAAAACCUGGCUCCUUAAAACCCACUGGACCCUGGAUAAAUAUGGAAUACAGGCAGAUGCGAAGCUGCAGUUCACUCCACAGCACAAGUUGCUCCGACUCCAACUUCCCAACAUGAAGUAUGUGAAAGUGAAAGUGAACUUCUCUGACAGAGUCUUCAAGGCGGUAUCUGACAUCUGCAAGACCUUUAAUAUCAGACAUCCGGAAGAACUCUCCCUCUUGAGGAAGCCAAGAGAUCCAACGAAGAAAAAAAAGAAAAAGUUGGACGACCAGUAUGAAGAUGAGACUCUGGAGCUGGAAGGACCACUAAUCACGCCUGGAUCAGGCUCUGAUGUUCUUUACAUCGGCCCAGUGAAAGGGAGCAUUUACUCAAGCCCUGGGCUGUAUAGCAAAACCAUGACACCAACAUACGAUUCUCAUGACGGGAGCCCUUUGUCCCCAACUUCAGCUUGGUUUGGAGAUAGUGCUUUGUCAGAAGGGAAUCCAGGUAUUCUUGCCGUCAGCCAGCCAAUCACCUCCCCGGAAAUCCUAGCCAAAAUGUAUAAACCACAGACACUUUUGGAUAAGGCCAAGAUCAACCAGGGGUGGCUGGAUUCUUCAAGGUCACUUAUGGAGCAAGAUGUGAAGGAGAAUGAGGCUCUGCUUCUUCGGUUCAAAUACUACAGCUUCUUUGAUUUGAAUCCUAAGUACGAUGCAAUCCGAAUCAACCAGCUGUAUGAACAGUCAAAAUGGGCCAUUCUUUUGGAAGAAAUAGAGUGCACGGAGGAGGAAAUGAUGAUGUUCGCAGCAUUGCAGUACCACAUCAAUAAGCUAUCCAUCAUGUCCUCUGAGAAUCACUUGAACAACAGCGACAAGGAGGUUGAUGAAGUCGAUGCUGCCCUUUCUGACCUGGAGAUCACUCUGGAAGGCGGGAAGACAUCCACAGUUCUGGGUGACAUCACUUCCAUCCCAGAGCUCGCGGACUACAUUAAAGUGUUCAAGCCAAAGAAGCUGACCCUGAAGGGCUACAAGCAGUACUGGUGCACCUUCAAAGACACGUCCAUCUCCUGUUACAAGAGCAAAGAAGAAUCCGGCGGGACUCCUGCUCACCAGAUGAAUUUGAGGGGGUGCGAGGUGACCCCUGAUGUCAACAUUUCUGGCCAGAAAUUCAACAUAAAGCUUCUGAUCCCCGUGGCUGAAGGCAUGAAUGAAAUUUGGCUCCGUUGUGACAACGAAAAGCAGUACGCGCACUGGAUGGCGGCUUGCCGGCUCGCCUCCAAGGGCAAGACCAUGGCAGACAGCUCCUACAACCUGGAGGUGCAGAACAUCUUGUCCUUCCUGAAAAUGCAGCACCUGAACCCAGACCCACAGAUCAUCGCGGAGCAGGUCACCACGGACAUCAACCCGGAGUGCCUGGUUUCCCCACGGUACCUGAAGAAGUACAAGAACAAGCAGCCAGGCUAUGUAAGAGACUUGAUCACAGCCCGGAUCUUGGAGGCGCACCAGAACGUGGCCCAGAUGAGCCUCAUCGAAGCCAAAAUGAGGUUUAUCCAGGCGUGGCAGUCCCUCCCGGAAUUUGGCAUCACGCACUUCAUUGCGAGGUUCCAAGGGGGCAAGAAGGAAGAGCUCAUCGGCAUCGCCUACAACCGGCUGAUCCGGAUGGACGCCGGCACCAGCGACGCCAUCAAAACGUGGCGGUUCAGCAACAUGAAGCAGUGGAACGUCAACUGGGAGAUCAAGAUGGUGACGGUGGAAUUUGCAGAUGACGUCCGCGUGUCCUUCAUCUGCACUGAGGUGGAUUGCAAAGUGGUGCACGAAUUUAUCGGCGGAUACAUUUUCCUGUCAACACGUGCCAAGGACCAGAACGAAAGCCUAGACGAAGAGAUGUUUUACAAACUGACCAGCGGCUGGGUGUGAAUCAGGCGAGGUCUCCUGUAACUGACGUAAACUCAAUGGCCAUAUUAAUACUUAACUUCAAAAGCUGUUAUUUGAAAUAUGCUGCUUCAUCAAGUUAAGCUUGAAGUGUAUCUUUUCUUUUUAAUAUCAUGGCAACUUUUGCGUUAGCAGACCAGUUUGUAUGUGCGCUAAACAGCACUUCCGUUAACCUGCUAGAACAAGACAGUAAUACGGACUGCAUAACGCGUACGCUUGUGCCUCUCUCCCCUCACUCAGCAAAACCGUUGGGCUGGUCGGGAUAGUUUCUGACAGACGUAAGCUAACUGAAACUGAAAGGAAGAAGAAAAAAAAACUCUAAGCCAUCUAACUCUAAAGAUACCCAGGGCCUGAUCUAUAUGAAGUCUAUUUAUCAUGUUUAAUGCAUGUUUUGUGAGGUUUUUAAAGAAAUAUAUAUAUAUAUAUAUUGUAAAAGUGGCACCCGGUGUGUUCAACGUCCUUCCUGCCUUUAGGAUAGAACUUUGGUGUGCCACGCAGGAAGGCCCGUUGCUGCCCCUCUGUCCCCACCCACUUCGGUGGGGGCUGUGCAUGGACACCCAUGUGCCACAGUGGUGCUUGCUGAACUGUGCCCUUUGGUCCCGAAUUUUUCGCACUAUAGGAUUAGGUCCACCGCAAGGGCCUGGAGCUUUACAAAACGUGGCCUUGAAAAAGAUUCAUAAGGUUGUACGUGUAUCUGUUAACUUCUUGUUUCCUUUUGAUAAUCAUUUAUAUAAAGUGCAUCUCUGUCUCCCUCCUUUCCCUUUUAUCUUAUUUUUUACACCGUAUUGUAUUACAAACACACUUAGUAUUCACCAGCAUAGCCACUCUUUACCUAAGGUGAUAUGCAAAAACUUUUCAUUAACAGUAUGAAGUAAAGGUCUAUGAAGUAUAAGGACUUUUUUGUGUAACUAAUGUAAAAAGAAACACAAAUUUUAUAAAAUUGUACAGGUUUUUCUUUCUUUUUCUUUUAAAACUAGUCUCACAAGCCAAAGUAGGGAUUGCAAUAGUAUCCAGUGUAUUGGCCUUGAAGUAUGCUUUUAAUCUAAAUAUCCUGACCUAGUUGUAGUUGUGCCACAAAGCCCUUAACAACAGAACUCAGUUGCCUGGAAUAAGGGGCUCGCAUUUCAGAAUUAACACUAAUAGCCUGCGGGCCCCGGACCUCCCCAUGCCGAGGAUAGACCAGUAUUGUGUCCAGCAGUCCAUGACAUAAAGCCUAUGUACAAAAGCAUUGUAUUUUAAAUAAAGGUUGAAUCUUUUAUUUAA